CCAAAUUACCUUCCGAACAACGACACAUCCGACACUGGCAGUCUAUGAACAUUCUCUUCUUGCGAUAUGAAUAGGUGUCAUGGUGUCAUCGCAUCUGUCGCUUGACCUUCCAUUCUCAUUUCUGAGAUUCUGGUCCGGGCAUCUUUUCCUAUUCUGACGCAUUCGCUUCCUUGUCCGCAUCCGGAAUCUCAGUUGUCGCAUGUCCGCGCUAUGAAAUCUGACAAAUCAUAAGGAACUCUCGUGGUGUUGUAAGAGGUUGAGUCGCCCGCUCUCUCCGGUGUACGAUCAGCUUGCUCAAGCCAUCGUCGAUAAUCGCUCGGCGACCGAUGGGGAGUGAACUAGACGAGCGCGAGGCCCACUCACCAACAUCCUUUGUUGAAAAGACGAUCCAUGCGUGAAGAAUGCUCAGAUCCUGGUCACUCCAGAGGAGUGCACCAGGCUUUGGAAGAGUAAGGUGACCCAGCAUGUCCAGCCGCACUCAGACGGGCUACGAAGUUGAAGAAUGACAGUACCGCAAUCGAGUGCGCGUUGAAAUGCCUAAUGCGUCCCAUAUUUGCAGUAACACUCUGCACCGUCGUGAGCUUCAGAAGACCUUUCUCGUGAACUUCCGGAUUCCGCUCGAUCACAUCAUAAAAUCUGUCCCGAAUAAGAACUGUCAUCGAGAGAAGUGUGGUUUGCACAGAAAGAAGCACGAGCACGUUCUAUCCUCGACUCAAUUCAAGGACUGAGGAGGUUCUCUCGCGUCAUUUGACCGAUGAAGCCUUUCGCGGGGCUGCAGAAAUUUCUAAGCGAACAACCGAAUGACGGAAAUCUUUUGAGUAGAACGCGAAACGAAUCCUUUCUUAUAUCUUCACAAUCCGAGUAGACACUGACACUGUCAGUGAGAUGGAAGAUACGGAUCCUCUGAGAGGCGUAAUGAGCGAGAUCGAACAUCUGGAGGGCGUCUGCAACGAAUUUCUGCGUAAAUUCGGCACCGGGCGAUCCGAAAGGCGUCCCGAGAGCGUGGAAGUUGGUAUCCAAGAACCCGACACGGGCAUUGAGUCUACCAAUAUCGAGGAAUCGGAAGAAUUUGAACCUCUCCAAAGCUGCAGUCCCGGAGACUCCAGUGGACUCGGGCCCUCGAAAGCUGAACCUGCGCCGGAGCACACAGACUCCGUCGGUGCCGCGUUCAAUUGCUCACGAAUUGGACCCGGCCUUUCUGCCUCGUCUGGCAUCGAGUCGAUUCCGAGUCGCGUCAGUGCGCAGACCCGGACUUCGGCCCAAGAUCAGACGACCAGAAUUCAAGAAAGUCGGGCGCUGAAUCUCGGACAGGCAGCAGGUCCUGCUCUAUCACCACCACUCUCGGACAGGAGAGAUGGGGAUUCUCCUAACUCGACCAUAUCUUCAAUCUCCCGGACUGAGAAGCAGAAGACCGUGGAUCGAAAUCUCGACGAAAGUGUGGGACGGAACUCCGCAGACAUGGUCGGGAGGGAUACUCAGUCAGUUAGUGAUAUCUCGAAGCGACUCCGUGUAUCUAAAGCCGCCUGCUCAAUUGCAAGUCAAACUAUCCGAACAUCAUCGAGAUGAACUUCCAUCGACACUGGGUGUCGGCAGCUUCCGAGCCCAUGACGGAGACUGCUUCUAUGAGGAGAUCGGAAGAAGAGGACACCCUUACAACCGAAUUGGAGGAACCGGAGACGAUAUCGAAGAUGUCAGCUCGGAACAUGAACGAUCGAUCCAUGGAGAAAAUCUAAUUCUUGAAAGCUCAUGCUAUGGCGAAGAAGGCGAUGAACCUUCCGAGCCAUGCACGCGGGAGAUCGAUGGAGAAAGCUAGCCGCCUCGAGGUCAGUGGGAGUCAAGGGCACAAGCAAUGGCUGCUGCUGUGUCCGGAAGCCCACUUGCACGUCAUUGUGAGCACGAAUCUUCCAAUGUUGACAACUGUCUGGGUUUGGAUCGUGAGGAUUGUGAACACACGGGGCUGCAGUAUAAGCCGAAGAUCAUCUGCUGAAAUUCAGAACUGGAAGGACGAGAGCAUAACCAGAAAUUAAACUCUCAUCGAGUUCUCGCGCCUUUCAUGUACUGGACAUGUAUUCAGGGUCUACUGCUUUGCAGAACCGAAAAUUGUGGAAGGAAUGUGGAGAAAGGCUCGAAGAAGAAGAAGAGGAUCGAGAACUAAAUUCACCGACCUUCUUAGAGGGAUGGAUGGCUUGGAAUCCUGAGCAGAACAAAAUAUUAUUCGAGCGCCUCAGAGAUGGAGCAAUGUCCUUUCUCUCUGUGUAUGUCACGUGAUCAUGCGCAACGCACGCUGCGAAAAUUCAUCGACAGCUUCCAGAGCUUAACAAUGGCGUCUUCGUCUUGAGGGAUUCUCCAGAACCGACAUCUUUAGGAACCAGAUGCGUGAGUGAAGUCCAGACUUGAGGGAAUAGGGGUCAUUGCGUGUUGGAUUCUCUCAACAUGAUCAUGUCCGGAUCCAGAAACCUGUGCAACGAUGGAGAUUCAGAGCUGUCACUUAGUUCUUCAUCAUGAAGCCAAACUUUUACUCUACGUUUUUCUCCUUUGACAAAAAUGAUUCUGAAUCGUUUCUCCACAGUGAAUCCGAGCUGUCCAGUCAGAUUCCGUCCGUCGAGAAUCCAGGAUACAUUAGCAUGCUCGCUGGCUGGCUGGCUGGCAGCGAGUACGCACACCAUGCCGUACUUUUCGCCAUACUUUCGACUCAAUUCUUUAAGCUUUGACUGUUGAAAGUCAUUUUAUUGCAGGUCACACAGUAACACAGCGACGUGAAACCGUUUUCGUGGAGUACCAUCAGUGGUACCUUCUUCGAGUGAGGGGAGAUCACCGAGUCUUGGCGAGUGUUGGGCAUGCUGGCUUUGAUGACCUCCUUAUGUGCUAGACCCGUCAGCGAGAUAAGCCUACCGGCCUUUUCGUUGACAGCAAAUCCACGGAGUCACAAAGCAGAUCGGUCAAUAAGAAUUAUUUAGAUUGUUCAAUUUUUCAAUUGAAAACUCUCCGCAGCUUCCCACGUGAGAAAGGAAACACAUUCAAUGUGACAAGUAUAUGGUAUGAUAUGAGAACUGAUCUCGACUAGUUCUUUCGAUAUACGAGUCGCCUUUAUUCCUGUACUCAUGACCGAAAUCAGUUGUGGACUUAAGAAGCCAACGUUGGCCUUGGGCUUCGUAUAUAAUAGAACGUGUCGUAAAGGUCUAGACUGUGACGGAAAGUAUGGAUGAAGAGAGCCGCCGCCAGGUGAAGGUGAUGCAUACCAACACUGCACAUGAGAACAAGGGAAGACGAAUACGGAUAUGACUUUACUACGAGGAGACAGACGCGGUUAGUGGCUCGGCUCCAUCAUUGAGAGCAAACUUGUUGAGAAUAUUGGAGUUCGAGAGACGAAGGGAAUGUAUGUAUCUGUACACUAACCAUUGCUUUACUAGUCUUUCUACAUAUAUAAGCCAUGGAUCGUCCUGCCUUUGAGUGGAUUGACUAUCUAAGAGACUACUGAU